AUGUAUUUAUUAAUUUUACGUAAACUUAAGAAUGUUUUGCACACAAAUAAGAAAGAGGAACAGAAAAAAUCAAAAUUCAACAAUAAGCUCAUACUGCCCAAUCAACCAUAUCAUGAUGAUUUUUUACAUACAAUGACGCAAGUGUUCCAGUGGUCAAGAUGGAUUGGCAUCGUUGGCUCGGAGCAUUUAGUGUGGCAAUUUUGGGGACUUAUCUUACUGGCACUUUAUUUAGCCAUAGAGGGGGAAGCCAUCUGGAAAGUUAUAAAAGCACUAGCGGGUUGGGCUAUUGAUAUAGCGGCACAAAGAAGUGUCUCAGCAAGACUAUCUGGAGCCAUGUUUUAUACUGCUUCGUUGUUAGGGCUACUGCAGUGCUGGAGAAUGACACGUUCAUGGACCAGCAUAUGCAAAUAUUGGGCCUCAAUAGAAUGGGUCUUGAACUUAAAAUAUGUACCCCCAGAUCCUACUUUGAAAAAGCGAAUGCAUAUAAUUAUUGGAAUUGUAGCAGUCAGUACAACGAUUGAGCAUAUAUUUAAUGUUCUACCGAGUCUGGAUUUUCAGUGUGAAGCAUCACAAUGUUUACGUAAAUAUAUACUAACUUCACAUGGGUUUUUACUACUUGAAUUUGAAUACUCUGAUUGGAUUGCUGUCCCUCUCUUAUUUAUGAGCAUCGUCGCAACAAUUCAAUGGAAUCUACAGGAUUUACUUAUAAUAUUAACUAGUUUGGGCUUGACUUCGAGGUAUCGACGACUAAACGAGUGUGUUGCAAAAGUGGCUGAAAGAAAUAAUCACGAAAAAGAGUGGUGUGAAGAUAGUGAUUUCUUAAAAGCCUACUUAUGGCGGAAGAUACGUGAAGCAUACGUAAAGCAAUCAAUGUUGGUGCGGAGAGUUGACAAAUCAUUGGGAGGUCUCAUUGUUAUCUCCUCGUUCUUUAAUUUCUAUUUCAUUUGUCUGCAACUGUUUCUUGGGAUCACGCAGCUAAAAGAGAAAUCUCUGCUAAAUGAAGCAACUUACGCAGUAACGUUGAUCUGGCUAAUACUAAGAUCUGGGUAUGCGGUGGUGGCAGCUGCGGAUGUUAACAAGCACUCUACACUCGCUUUACCAUAUUUAUAUGAAUGCAAUGCGAAGUGUUACAAUGUAGAGAUUGAGAGGUUGCAGAGGCAGCUUGUUAAAGAUUAUGUAGCUUUAAGUGGCAUGGGAUUUUUCAGUUUAAACAGGACAGUUGUUUUACAGAUGACUGGAGCUAUAGUUACAUACGUGUUAGUACUGGUUCAGUAUGAUAACUCAGAUCAAAGUUCUGCAACUAACAAUUAA